GGCCCUUUCUGUUCGGCCUGAUUGGGCUGGUCCCCUCCCCCUGAUGCUCCUUCAUUGGCCCACACCAACAUCAAUCUGUUGAUUUCCAAGUCGCCCUCAAGUUUGAAACUUUUUUAUUUUUUACGAGUAGGAGGAGGAGGAGGAUUCGGGUUACCAUUUGUAACCGAUCUCACGGCUCAGCAAGAAGAAAACACUCUUUCAAUAAUUUACACAUCUGUGGCUGAGACACGGAACAAGAAGGAGCGCGAGGACGUGUUUCUGGGGUUUUAACGCGGAGCUCUGACAAAAAAACACGAGAACAAACAGAAACACAUGCUGUGAAGAGACUUUUUCCUGCGCUGCCAGGAUGGAAACUUGAUAUAUUUAAUUGAGAUUAAGUUGUCAUCUUUUCGGCUGCCCUACGCGUCCCGCUGAGAGAAAGCCAGUCUUGACCAUGGACUCCUUCAGCACCAAGAGCUUAGCCCUGCAGGCGCAGAAGAAGCUGAUGAGCAAGAUGGCCACCAAGAGCAUGGCCAACCUCUUCAUCGACGACACCAGCAGCGAAGUGCUGGACGAGCUGUACCGCGUCACCAAGGAGUACACCCGCAACCGCAAAGAGUCCCAGAAGAUCAUCAAGAACCUGAUCAAGAUGGUGGUGAAGCUGGGAGUGCUCUACAGAAACAACCAGUUCAACAGCGAGGAGCUGAUCCUGGUGGAGAACUUCAGGAAGAAAGUCCACACUCUGGCCAUGACGGCGGUCAGUUUCCACCAGAUUGAGUUCACCUUUGACCGCCGCGUCAUGAGCGCCAUUUUGAAUGAUUGCCGCGAGCUGCUGCACCAGGCCAUCAAACGCCACCUGACAGCCAAGAGCCACUCGCGAGUCAACCACGUGUUCAAUCACUUCGCCGACUGUGACUUCCUGGCGUGUCUCUACGGGCCCUCUGAGGUUUAUCGCGGCCACCUGCAGAGGAUCUGCAACGGGGUCAACAAGAUGCUCGACGAGGGGAACCUCUGACCUCCGCUGGCCUCGUCCACCUUUACCUCCCGUCACCCCUCGUGUACCAUCCUGCAAGAUUUCUUUCUUUUUUUUAUGGUGACAAUCGUGAACGUUUGUAUUUUUCAUUUGUUGCAUGUGUGUGCGUGUGCAUUUAAACACUGAAUUCCUCGGCUAGUUAGUCCAAAGUGUCUUCUGCAGCCAGACUUUUUCUUAUUCUACAGAAAACAAAACACAGAUGUUUUUUGUUGUUGUUUUUUAAUGAAUGUAAAACUUUUAUGCUCUUAUCAGUAUAUUCAGGGAUAGGAGCCUUGACAACUGUGCCUUGGAAAAAAAAACAUGUUUGUCUUCAUUUUAAGUCGACUUAGUUGCUCCUUUUACUAAAUGAAUAAGACAUGAAUCCGGCGCAGGCCUUCAGUCAUGUCUCUGUGAGGAGCUUUUAUUGGACCACGAUGGUUUUGGGGGCACCAGGAGAGGAAAGCAAGUGAACUUCCAUCUUUUCCAAAUACCCAAGGAUGUAAAGAAGUGCUUUUUUGUUCUUUUCUAAAAGUAGUAUUGCACUCAAUCCUGAACAAGCGCUGUACUGUACUUUCCCGCAAUAAUGAAACCAUGUGAAACACGGCAGUUGAGUAAUCCUUUUACAGCUUUCACCAUCAUGCACUGAACUCCACUCUGCCGAGAGGCCAGGCCUUUUGUGUAGAAGGCUGCCAUAAACGCAGUUUUUACUUUUAAUAGUCUGCUUUAUAGCCACCCCAACAAAGAUGAAGUAUCCGGGUCAUAGAGGAACCGUAAACACCAAGGUAUUUGAUUAUACUGUGUAUUGUAGAAUGUGCUGCUGGCUUUAAGCUCAUCUGCUCCGGGGAAAAGAAAACUCCAACUUUGUGUCUAUAAAUGUCAUAAUCGCAGCAGGUAAGCAGCGCAACCUGGCACCCUCCGCCAACGUUGCUCUGGCAUUUUGUCAGAGAGGAAUAAAGAGCGAUCACAGUUGAACUGCUCAUCAUAAUAGAUGUUGGAGCCCAGGGUCAGCGGCGUUUCAGAUUUAUCGACGUAGCCUCAGGUUUAUCCAGAAAGCACUACAACUCUGGUUUGAAUUGUGACAGAUUUGAACUAGAAAGACUCCCCAGGAGUAGUCCGAUGAAAGGAUGGACAGAAACCUGCAGCUCCGCGUCUAUAAAGAGGGCCAGGCUUGGUUUAGAGAUUAGAGCACAGAUGAACACAGAACCUGAUUGUACUCUCCCACUGCAAUUACAGCUCCGCACUCUGGUGCUAUAAUGGCCGGGAGCCUGCCUCUGUGGAGCAGCCACUCUCCAGCUCGCCACACAGCAGGCUCGUGUUGUGUGAUGUAGAUAACAUCGCUGUUUGUUUUGUCCCUUUUUAAUGGACUGAAAGAUGUUGUUGUUUCUUCCUUUAUAAAGGAGAAUAUGAAUAGUUACUACUUUCCCUCCCCAACCUCACAUAAUAGCUGUCUUUCCUUUUUUCUUUUUGUAUCACUGAGCCUGACUGGGAGAUUGUUUUGUUCUGCGGCCUCAUUUUGUAUUCUGGUUGUGAGAGUGUGUGUGUGUGUGUGUAUGUGUGUUUGUGUGUUUGUGUGCGUACCUGUGAGAGAAUUGGAAAUUGAGCCGUGUAAUAAGCGCUGUGCUUUUCCAGAUAGGAUUGCUGAAACUUUCACUUCAUCUACAGCCGCUCUGCCAAAGAAAUGAAGACUGAUGUGACUCAAAAUGCGGUGGUUUUCUCCCCAGAGGAACAGAAAACAGUAUGCACUUGAUAAUUUAUAGCCCUGGUGACGGUGAUCAUGAAGACACAGAUGGUGGCUGUUGUGGGUUUUUUAUUCACCUUUUUUAAUUCUUCGAUGACUUCCCUGUGUAUAUUCUCGUUUGGUAGAUCCAUUUGACUCUCGCUGCACUGUUUGGGAGGCUUUGAAGUAAAUCCUUUUUUCUAAGUCCCUCUAAAACAGUUGACUUUAAUUGUCUUUGGAUGCCAUUUUCUCCAAUCCCUCCACAUCUCAGGGAUAGUUUAAAUCUCCCUCGGUUUAAAAUCCAUGACACACUAAGUAGAAAUCACCACAAUCCUCUGCAACAGCCCCACUUAUUUGACUAAAGCCCUGAAACUAAGCAUACUUAUGUUGCGUUUUUACUAUUGUGAAGUUUGCAAUGUUUUUAUUUUCACUCGUGUACAUAUGAUUGUUUAUGUGUCUCUAUGUAUCCAAACACAACAAAUAUAAUACAAUUUACUUUUUUUAAAGAAUA